AUGCGACAAACUUCCGACCGACAACUUGACACACGAGAGAGUCGGUCGCACAGAAAGUCGCCCUCUGGCGGGCGUCACCAGAAGCAUCACCAUCAUUCCCGACAUCCACGCUCGCAAUCUCCACAACGCGAUGACGACCACCGCAAGCGACACCGCUCGCGCUCGCCUCCACCUCGCCCGUUGACGCUACCGUAUCACGCGCAAGAACUAUCGAAACGGAAUUUAGAAGAAUACAAGCCACUAUUUCAGUCGUACCUGGACAUACAGAAACAGAUCAAUCUCGAUGACCUAGACGAACGUGAAGCGAGAGGCCGCUGGAAGAGCUUUGUAGGGCGGUGGAACCGUGGGGAACUCUCGCGUAGCUGGUACGAUCCAUCGAUGCUGAAAUCAGCACAAGAGACUGCGCAUACUUUACAGUCAACAGGAGGCAAGCGCCGCGCAUCACCCGAGUACUCUUCAAGAGCUCCACAGGCUCAUAGCGACGACGACGACGAUGACUUUGGUCCGGCGCCACCGCCGGGCGGUCGCUCGCGACACACAGGCCAUGGGCCAACAGUACCUGGAUUCGAUGAUCUAGGCCUAAGAAAUGAGCUACGAGAUGAGGAUCGCGUGCGUGAUCAAGCAAACUACGUUGACGACAUUCGUUACGAACGCAAGCUGGACCGCAAAACGCAGAAGGAACGGCUGGAUGAGCUGGUGCCUCGCGCAGACCCAGGAUCAAGAGAACGGCAGCUGGAGAAGAAACGCGAGACUACUAGUACCCUAACAGAAUUCCGCGAUGCCAAAGAAAGCGGCGAUGUAGAGGUCAGGGACGCUGAUCUGAUGGGCGAUGACGGCGUAGACGUGUACAAGAAGCAGAAAAAGGAGGUAGAGCGUCAGAAGAACGAACGUGAGAUCCGGAAAGAGGAGAUCAUGCGCGCGAGGGCUGCUGAGCGAGAGGAGCGGCUUGCAGAUCGUAGGGCGAAAGAAGCACAAACGAUGGACUUUCUGAAGCAGAUUGCGAAAGAGAGAUUCGGUUAA